AUGAUGGAGACAUACAGUAAUAAAUGUCAAUUGACUCCUUACAUUGCUCCCCAGGCCACUAGCCCAGAGAAGUUUGAGGGGGCCACUAGCCCAGUGAAGUUUGUGGGGGCCACUAGCCCAGAGAAGUUUGAGGGGGCCACUAGCCCAGAGAAGUUUGUGGGGGCCACUAGCUUAGAGAAGUUUGUGGGGGCCACUAGCCAGAGAAAUUUGAGGGGGGCCACUAGCCCAGAGAAGUUUGUGGGGGCCACUAGCCCAGAGAAGUUUGUAGGGGCCACUAGCCCAGAGAAGUUUGUGGGCUGCUGCCUCAAAGCACAAUAUUCCAUUUUGUUAUUGAUUUACACUUUUUGCAGUAUUGGUAUAAAAUAUUUUUAUUUUUUUAAUUCUUUAGUUUUGCUGUUGUUAAGCAUACAUCAACAGAACAAAGUGACAUCAUGAUAUUUAACGGUACAUCGUAUACAUAUAGCUUUAUAACAUGCCAAUGAUAGGCACUCUAUUUUAUAAGUAUUGACUAGUCGUAGGCUAUCUUCGAGUCAGGAUGACGUAUUAGUUGGAGCGAUCGGUGCCGUUUUAAUUUUCCGGACCUAUCUAUGGGUCGCCUAACCUAUGGGGCAACGGAGAUAUUUCAGAGUUUGGCAGUACAAUAAACAGAUUUUGGCAAAGUAUAAAUAAGGAGGCUACGACCUCUUGUCAAGUGGUACAAAACAUUUAAUGUGACAGUUUGCUGGUCACAUUGCUAUUUGUUUGUUGUUGCCCCCCAACCCGUUGGCCUUUUGUAGCCAGCCCUCCAAUGAUUGCGUAGGUAGUUCGGCACUAUAACCAUUACAGCACACUGUAGUGAUAUUAGUGGUUGGAGUGCUCCUUUAAAAAAUACUUGACUGCAAAAAAUAAAAAUAUCACAAUUUAGAGAUAUACUUACAAUGAAAAAAAUUAAUGUAUUUAAUUCAGCAUUUCAUUCUUUGGAAGUUUAUCUAAAAACAGCUUUCAAAUGUUGCAGACCUGCUGUCUACAGCCUUGGCAAGUCCUCCCCUAUUUCCACUGCACAGACUUUCUGGCACCACAAUCGCACACACCCUCGAUCUCGACUUUCCAAUGCCUCUUCGUCAACUGUAGUAUAGCUCAUUUACAAGGGGAAAGCCAGGCGCAUGUUAGCCCUGCAUGUCUGCCAUUUCUGUUAGCUCAGUUUUUUUAAUGUGCUUUGAUUAGUGCAUGUUCUGGAUCCGUUAGCUGUGUGGAGCUAAUGGAUGCAAAAGAAAACCUUGAUUGCUAUUUAAUUGACAGCCAGGGAGCUGUUUCUACCCCACUGAUAAAAGUGCAGAUUUCUAUUCAAGCUGAAGUGCUUUUUGUGUGUGGACAGCGCCUUUAACUAGUUUUAGGGCUCCUGUAACCUUUAAAAGCACUUCAAAGCACCACAACUAUUUCAGUUCGCUGUAGUGGUUAGGAUGCCAGGUACCAUGGUGUUCUCCUAGGGUAAACAGCCAAAAUGGUUAAGAAAUUAAACCAACGCAUCUCUAUGGGGAGUAUCUUCAUGCAAAGCUUGAAGAUGCCAAAUGUCAGUCUUGCAAAGUGACAUGAGUGACAUGCACUAGAGGUGGCCUUAACUGCUAGUGGGAUGCACAUUCCCACAGUCCACCCAACACAGAAUGUUGGGCGAUUGGGAGGACAGGUAGAAAAUCGGAUGUGACUAUAGUAGUGUGCUAUGCCAGUCAGUGGCUUUAAGGAUUAUAUUAUGUUAAUAUUUGUCACGUACAGCAAUAGUUAGAAACAGUUCUUAUAAUGUACUUUUACUCUUGCAUGUUCUGGAUCUGGUCAUAGACUCCAGAUUUGAGUAACAUGUCUUGCUGUCCCAGAUAUAUUUUCUCUAUCUCAGUCCUCAGUUGUGACUGAGAUAUAAAGUUCAGCUAAGUAUAUCAGUUCCAUUUAUCACUUAGGAUGAGUGUGUAAGAUCCACGUCCAAUAAGGACGCAUCUCAGUUUAAACCUAGUAAUGAUAGUUCCUAUUCCAUUGUUGAUGUACUCAUUGCAAAACCAAGACUUAAUCAACAUUCCACAUAUCUGUGUCAUAAUACAAGGGCGCUUACCAACAAUGAUGCACCAGCGACAUCUCACUCUCAGCACACUGGACACUUGCGUCAAAGUCACAGACUGGGCUCUCAAAUUGGUAUCUGCGCCAAAUUCAGGUCAAACUGUUUCAAUCUAUUACUAGAUCACACUUGCAUCAUUCUUGCCACUGACUAUCCUAAAGUGAGGCAAGCCAUGAUCGUUGCAACUUUAGCCUUAAUUGUUUGGCAUCGUACCUAGUGCAAUGCACACUUUUAAAACUGUCACAAUUAUGACUUAGGUGUCUAGCCUUAAAGGAACCCAUUCAGACUUGUAGACAGUGAGACAGAUAGAUAGAUUUAUCUGGCAAAACAAGAAACACAGAGUAGCCCGCAACAUACUUUAUCGCCCCAAAACGAGAGGAGGCCUGGGCCUACCCCACCUCCACUUUUACUAUCUGGCUGCCCAGAUGGCACAAAUAGCCCUAUGGCAUACCCCCCCAGAGACUAGAAGGUGGGUAGAUCUGGAAUCAUUGCUCAUGAGAUCCGAUCUCCCACAAUUUUACAUCUGGACCCCUAAAGAACACAGGGCGCUCCCGAGAACGGCGUGCCCGGCCAUCACCAACUCAAUUCAAUUAUGGGACAAAUAUGCUCUUAAAUACGGGCUGACUACCACGACAUCGCCACUCACCCCCAUAUAUCGUAAUAGAGCCUUCACACCAGGCAUGAGACCAUGGGACUUUAAAGGCUUAGAGCAAGCUGGCCUUCAGAGAGUAUACCAACUCUAUGCAGGAGAUAAGAUAAUUCCCUUCCCAGACCUACAGUCCUGAACAACGUUGAAGCCAGCCGACUUCUUUAGAUAUCUACAACUAAAAAAUUACGCGGCCCUAGCGACGGUGAAAACCGCCACUACAACCAGUCCAACCUGUUUUGAACGCACCUGCUUAGCGGAACGGUAUCAAAAAGGCAUGAUCACCACACUAUACUCCCACCUCUGUUCCACCACACGGGAAUGGGGACAACUCCAAUACACUGACAAAUAGGAGUCAGACCUGGGCGAAACUCUAGAGGGAAUUGACUGGCAGGAUAUAUGGGAAGCUAACACAAAAACCUCCAUCUGUGUCACGAUGCAGGAACAGCAUAUAAAACAAUGCUUAGAUGGUACAUUACCCCGGUCCAAUUAUACCACAUGAAAAAAACACCUACAGAUCUCUGUUGGCGUAACUGCAGCGAAAAAGGGACAUACACCCACAUGUGGUGGUUCUGCCCCACCAUUAAACUCUUCUGGAAAGACAUCCAAAAGCUAAUAACGCAAAUCCUACACAGACCGGUAGACCUAAAUCCAUGGACAUUCCUGCUAGCCAACCCCUAGAUGACUGGCCUAGACCAGAACAACAACUGCUAAACAAAAUAGCACUAGCAGCCAGAAAAGCCCUAGCCCAAACGUGGCUGCAACCCCAAUGUCCACAGUGCUUAACAAAAUCAAAGAAUAUCAUCUUAUGGACAAACUAACGGCCCAAAUAAGAGGCUCCAUGAAAUCAUUCACUAAGACGUGGGAACCGUGGGAAAACUACAACGAUGACUAGUAAGCCUCGUGAAUCGUUCAGGACCCCCUCCAUCCCCCCCCCCAUCCUCUCCAACUAUCCUCCUCCCCCCCCCCAUCAUUAGGCGGAUAAGUUCCACACAUUGAACCCAUCAAAACCAUCACAACCAGAUGGUAACUUAAACACAAAGAAACGAUACAUUAUCCAAGUUCUUACAUUACCUUUGGGUUGUUCUUUUAUUUAUGUUUAUCUAUGUAUAAUUCUGGCAGCCAGAUCCCAAAUGCAAUUGAUGUACAUGAAAUGUUAUGAAUACCGCAUGUACCUCCUAUUGGCAACAUUUGUUCUUUAUUGUAUUCACAAUGCGGCUUCUGCGUAAGCCAUAUGAUUGCAUAGUGCAUUUUUUCUCUGUCAUUGAAAAAAUAAAGAAUUAUAAAAAAUAAAAAAAACUCCAUGUGUGCCAAAUGAAUUUAUAGCUAACUAGAAGAGAAGCCAUUUUGCUUACAUACGAGCUUUGAAUUGUAAGAUAGAAGUAUGUCUGUGGCACAAAGAGAUGUAUACUGAACAUUCCUAGCUUUUACUGAAAUAUCCUCCAGAGCUAAGGGCCAGCUAAAGUACUGGGAUUCAGAAUACGUGACAAGGAAAUUGCAAUGCGCACUGUAGAUCGAACAGAAAAAGCACAGGCAGCUAACAAUUAAGUCUACAGAGAAAGUCAAGCACCAUUAUUGAGGGAGAGACAUGAGUCAGUUGAAGCAUUGAAAAGAUGUCACUUUGGAUGGAAUGGCAGUUUUAAAAAAAAAUAUUUGUUGCGCUUUAUAUUAUCUUUGUCCUGCUCCCACAAGAAAAAUAAUAAAACACAUUUUUUUUAUUUAUUUUUUUGGUGCCAGUGAGAACUUUUGUCAAACUGCUCCAGAAUUAAUCAUAAAUCCAGGGGCAGCAAGUAGAUAACUCAGCAAGGUUGGCCAUUAAUGGAUUAAAAUGGGAGUCAACCAUAAUAGAAAUUAAAGGUUAUUCAUUUUUUAUACAGAAGGAGUGGUUGGGAGGCCUGGAAAAGGUCUCAUGGAGAGAAGGUUGAAGAAAAAAAAAUGAAAGAGGGAAGAGAUUAAAAGAAGGACCAGUAGUGAUUAAGGCCUUGGAGAUGAAUGAAGGAAGAUAAUGGUGGGCGAGCCAUGGACCUCAAUUUGAAAUAUCAUGAACUAAUUUUGUUAAUUUUUCCAUCAACUUAUAUAGGAUUGUGGCUAUGCUGGGUGUUUUAGGGUUGCUCAUCACCUGCAUUUAACUAAUAGUGUAUUUAGAGUUUUUGUUAGUGGGUCAUGUUGUCAUGUCUCCUGCCCUAUUUGGGUGCUGCCAUGUAAUACAUAAUGACACCAUACUUCAUUCCCAUGUCGAUUCUGGUGUGGACAGCUCCCCUCUUGACACACCUUCUCACCAGGUUGCACCAUAUUUCAGAGCUGCAGCAAGUGGCAUCAUUCUAGAGACUUUGGUUACGAAUGCUCUGGAAUCCCAAUUCUGACGUCAUCCAAUAGGAUUCUAUCUGAACUAUUUAAGACCUGUCUACAUUCUGUUCAGUGCCCUGUUGUGAUCUUAGUUUACGCAAAACUGUAUUCUUACUGCUUGAUGGUUUUCCUGGUAUUGACUUAGCUCUGUUGUUCGAUUUUUCUAAAUUCUGUAAUCCUUGGCCAGUUUCUUGUUUGAGUGUAUUUCUGUAUAUUCAUUGACCUCGGCUUGUCUCUAUUUAUGCAUAGAUGGCCUGGCCAUCGUAAGGACCGGUAACACAUUGCUAACUAUUCUACUAUACUAUUGUUUAUAUGUUAUGGUAUACUUACCUUGACACACACAGACUGGAAAAAAGGCAGAUACAGGGAUCUAUUGGAACCAAUUGUAAAUGUAACUAGGGGGCAAAAUCAGCCCCAAUGUGAUCUGUUGACGUUACCAGCAGAGAAAGGGUUAGUUUGCUGUUGACCUUUCAUUUAAUUUCUAGACUGAAACAUCCAAAUUGACAGGACAUUAACUGUGUUAAAUGCAUUUAAACCUAUAGCUUGCUUUCUUGUGUGUAGAGCACUACACAGGUUAAAUUUUAGACGGUGAUCAAGAAGAAGAUAUGAAAUGAGCCAGGAGUAAAAACUAACAGCAAAAUGUAGAAUCAAAAAAAGGUGUUGGUCAUGUACAAAAAGUAACCAAAGAGUAACUAAAACAUUCACAAGUACAAGAAAGCUUUUCUGGAAGGCUGCAUGCUGGAUUUGCAGUGAACGUCUGAAAAUAAUCUUGCUGAGAGCAGAUACUUUGAAGUGCUGUACAAUGCACAUUUCCAUAUUGUAUUUUCUAUUAAAGCACUAGACUUUUAAGGAGGCUGAGAGGAUUACAUACCAGAAUUGUGAUGCUGUUGACUGAAUGAUCCGAAGACAGAAUGUCUGUGAUGACAAUUUUUGUGAUCAUGUAAAAUAUUUACUGGAACUCAGGAGUGACUAAAAAUUCCAGGAGAAUGAUGUGAGCACAAAGCAGCUUUAUAGAGAGCAGAAUGAUAACGAGCUGUUUAUUAGAUGAUUAUUAUUACUCUCUGAGAGUCAUGCAUUUACUAUUAUUAUAGAUAUAAUUAUAUGUGUAUAGAUAUAUUUAAAUGUCAGGUAUCAUUUGAACGAUACUGCGAUGACGCUCUGUUAUUAAAAGCAUACCAUCAUAACAGUAACGUUCAUAAUGGUGCUAUUUAAAUAAUGACCAUAUGGUUAAUUUUCAGGUUGAUAAUACUACUUAGGUUUAGAACUACAAGAGGUUUUGGCUCAGUUUUAGAUCUAAAGUUGGGGCUUAGGUUUUGGAAGUUGGAAAGACGGGGUGUAAACGGCUUAGUUUAAGGGAGUAUUAGCUUUCAAGAUAAUAUUCCUAACCCAUUGGUAAACAGGAUGAAUUGAGAUGUAAUGACAUCUAGCUUCCUAUUUGAAUGCAGACAAUUUAAAUUGAAUGAUUCUGUUGAGCUGUGUUCCUUAUAUUUUCCAUAGCCCCAUGUAUUGAAAACAAGCAAAGAAAUUAUCCAUACAAUAAUAUAUUUACAUACAUAUAUUCCAGAUAAAAAGUUAACACUAGCAGAAAACCUUUCCUAGUCUGAAUCUGGCCUUAGCGGUAGCUGCCUGCUAUGUGCACCACCAUGCUGGAUUCUCUGUAUUACGUCUUUCUGACAAUUCUUGUGCAAGACAUUACGCUGUCCCUUUUUUUCCUAACAGAAAGUGGGUGAAUUUGGCAACUUUUCUGCUCACCAACAAACUCAUGUGUUCCAGAAAGCAGGAAUGACAGGCAUCUAUAUAAACCCAUCAGAUGUUACAGUCAUUGCUCUGUUGUGGUUUAGUGGAAUUCCCAAUAGCGAGUUCUUUGUGCUCUGUAUCUUUUGGUAUUUGUCCCAAUUUGCUCUCUUGUUUCUUCCGUCACGCUUGGCGCGCCUUGGCUUCCCCACAUGCCACUCUGUGCGCACUACGUUAAAGGGACACUAUAGUCACCAGAACCACAAGAAUCGGUAAUACGUAUCAGCAGAGAAGGGGUUAGUUUCCUGUGUUACCUGUUCUUGUAGGACAGUGUUUGGAUUCACGUCCUACUUGUUGGGUCACUACCACUUCUUGAUAACCAGACUCUAGCUGCUAUACAGCCAGUGAUACAUCUACAACAAGAGCAAUUUGUCUGUUCUUUUAAACGGGGACUAUUAUGAAAUGUUUAUUCCAGGGCUCUGUUUGUGAACUGACAAAAAAAGCUUAAUGGCAAUCUAAAAAAGAUUUAAGAGCAAUGCCAUUUUAAAUAAGCAUUAUUGUUAUUACUUAUUCUUACUGUGUGGGCAGAGGUAUAUCGUAUCGUAUCGUAAGCAACAAACAAGAGAAAUUGUCACUUAAAAGUCGCAACCUGCCAACGUCCUAAUGUGUCAUGGAUACUAUGUAUUAGAAAUGAUAUUGUUGUUGAGAUUAAUCAAUUAAAAAUUUAGCAUGGUGAAAUCCCUAUGGCAACCCACUGUAUCUUCCUAUAGUCAUUGAAUUAUGUUCAGUCUUCAUCGUUUCACUUCUAUCAGGAAUGACAGAUGUUGGCAUUUGUUGGUUCUUCUAAUUGCAUUGCAGUCCUACUUGGCAAGUGCGAUGCAUUAUACUGUCCCUGCCAGUGCGUCUUUUUCCCAAAUGAGCUAUUUUGACCUAAAUUAUGUAUUUCAACUGUCAACGUAUCAAAGUUGUUUAGUAAAUAUACUUCUACGUGCAUUGGUAUCAACAAUCAUCUCAUGGAAUGAGACAUUACAAAAACGUCCAGAUUUAUAGUAGAAAUCAUUAUUUUUUUCUUCGGGAAUAUAGAUUGUUGUGUAAUCACUAGAAAGGUUUUACUGACAUCUAGAUGUAGUCAAAGGUCUUUAGCCAAAGGUAUUCUUUGGAGGGCAGAUGGAUAUAUAAAUAUAGAAUAAGACAGAGCACAGGCAGCAGCUGUUGCCUGUUUUUAUCCCCUAGAACAGUUUCUGAUGUAACUGACAGAGUGCAUGUUGGCUCAAACAGGCUACAAGUGGAAAAGACAUUUGUCCCCUAGUGCUUGACAGCCUGUUCGCCAAGGAAAGUCUUAUUGAUCUGUUUAGAAAGCCUCGAUUACCAGCAGUCUGAGGGUGUACAAGCAACAUUGUGAAGUCCAGGUGUUUUUAGCAACCAAAAGAUUCUGCCAAGUGAGUUUGAGAAUAUUAUAAUGAUAUCUUUGAGCACUUUUUGCUGUUUUGGAGAAAUAUGACAGUUGACGUUUAAUUUUUUUGUAGUUGUAGUUAAUACUGGCCAACAUUUUCAAAAUUAUAAAAUGAUUUUAUGUAUCUGGCAAUAUGGGCAGCCAUAAAGAAUAGAAGCGUACAGAAUACUAUGACUAUAUUAACUGCAAGAUUAAUGAUAGUGCUACUAUAAAUGGAUGUACUAUAAAUUAACAGGUUUUUAGCAUAUUUUGUUGGCUAGUAGUUUGUAAUGAUGGCUUAUUUUUGGGAGGCUUUGCAAGUUCAGGGAAAUUUCAGGCUAGGCUCUAAGAUAAAGUCAUGUAGCUUAUAUUGGGCAAUCUUGUUUUCCAAAAAGUCACUUGCUAAGGCCACAUGUAACCUUGAUAGCUUACAUUUGACCUCCUGCAAAAUGUUAUUGGGAUGUAAAGCUUUAGAGUACAUAUAAAUCGAGUUAACAAAACAAAUGUAUGACCAAAAUGCAGUUCCUGUUGGAGGUGCAUGUAUGAGGAUUCACAAAUGACAGUAGUUUUUGCAAAUGUGAAAAAAUUCAUAAACAGUUAAAGGAACACUAUAGUGUUUGGAAUAUAAUGCCCUGUUGGCUGUUUGGGUCACAGGUCACCACAUGCAAGGAUUAAAAAAAUAAUUUUACUUACCAUUUCUCCCUUGCACUGCCGAUCUUCGCUGAGAUACUCCGACUCGUUUGCUGAGACCAUCAAGAUUGAUGAUCUCAGCUAAUCCAAUGGAAAGCAUUGGGUGACUAGUGCGCAUGAAGUGGUAUUGGUGCCUACAGUGUCUUUUUAAGGAGAUGAUGAAGGGGGUGUGCAAACUAUUUCUAAAAUUUCAAAAAAAGUUGCUAUUUAAGAUAAAUAUAUUAAUAAAAGAGAGCAAAAUAAAAAUUCAUAAUAAUAAAAACUCUAAACAGUUUUAGUGGUAUUCCUUUUUUUUUUUUUUUUAAUGAUGGCACGAAUGCUCCACUAGUUUGGCCACCUAGAUAAAGAUAUAGGUAGAAUUUAAAAGCUCAGACAUGUUUUGCUAUUGCAAAAAUAUAUUAGUUUAAAAUAUAUCAGGAGGUAAGUGGGCGAGGUAUGUAAGAAUGUAGAUUUCUUUUUUCAAAAUGGAAAUGUGGUGAUAAACUUAAAUGAAUGAAACAUUUUCUGAAUCAUAAUUGUCUUCAUUUAACUGUAAGAAAAUAGGGGUUUAUGAUCUCUUUAACACUGUUGCUCAAUAUAUUAAAUGUUUUUUCUCUGCAGACCAAUCAUCAUGAGUUUUACGAGUGAAUAAACAUCAGACAUUUAUAGUAUGUUAAAGUGGAAAUAUUAUCCACUACAUGUGUGAAUGUCAAGGCACAACUUCUAGUAAAACAUUAACAUGCAAUCUAUAGAUUGUGGAAACAGAAUUGCCAGUUUAGGUCGAUUAAGCAUAAUACAUGCUCAUAGAUUUAUUGCACCUCUUCCAAUAUAGCCACAAAAAUAGCAGCACUCGGUCUGCUUCCACAAUGCUUAGUCAAACAUUCUAUGAUGGAGCAUGUUAAAGCAUUACAGCAGGUCACACGGUUUGUUACAGUAAACACAGGCACAUGCAACCGCAGCAUCAACCAAAUGUGUAGUUAGUUUGUCUAUGGCUAGUGUGUAGUUUAGAUAAGAUUGUAUUAAAAGCUACAUGAUGUUUGUAUUAAAGGUAUGGUUUGACUUUAGUUUGUGUGCAUAUCUCUAAGUGGUAUGUAUGUAUUUAUUUAUUUUUUAUUAUUUUUGCAAUUUCACUUUAAGUAUUACAACAAAUAGCAUGCAGUUUGCAAUUUAGAGCAAUAGUUAAAGGGACACUUAUAUACUUUAGCUGAAGUGUUUUUUUGUGUAUAGACUAUGCCUCUGCAGUCUCACUGUUAAAUUCCCUGCCAUUUAGAAGUUAAAUCACUUUUUGUUUCUGUACAUGCAGCCCUAGACACACCUCCUCUGGCUGUGACUUAAACAGCCUGCAUGAAAAAAAAAUGGUUUCCUUUUCAAUCAGAUGUUAACUUACUUUCCUGCUCUGUAAGUUGAACUUUAAUCACACACAGGAGGCUUAUGCAAAUCGUAGAAGGCUAUUAACAGUGCAGGAGAUAAGAAAUAAUAAAUAACCUUACUGGGCAAUAAAGGAAGUGUAAACAUUAUCUCAUAUUUUACAGGAAGUGCAUACGAAUGCUGUGCAGGUUACAUACUGGGAGGAGUGGCUAAGGCUGCAUAAACAAAGUGAUUUCACUCAUUAAUGGCAUAGAAUUGAGAAAUGAGAGUGCAGGGGCAUGAUCUAUACACCAAAACCGCUUUAUUAAGCUAAAGUUGUUUUGGGGACUCUAGUGUCCCUUUAAUGUGCAAUUAUUGGAAAUGUAUGUAAUAGUAUUCUUUGUCCCAUUUUUGUUUAUACUUCAACUAAGCUGGGAUAUUUCUAUUUUUAAUUACAAACACAAUUUUACUAUUACAUCUGUGCCAGGCUAGGCUUAGGUAUGAAUGACUUGUGCAACUGUAUAGGGCACACACACAGUUAAAAGAUGCAGCCAUAUUGCUAGCAAUAGGCUGUUGUGGAAUUGAGAGAACAGACCAACAAACAGGAUGAGUCCUUGCUUUGUCUGGCUACCAAACCCACUGUCUCCAGUCCAUCUGCUUGUUAUCUGUUGUAGUGUUUCUGAACUGCCACUGCUCUGUCCCAUUCUCAAAACACACAUUCUCUGUAACUUACAACAGUAUAGCAAUACAAAGAAAGUUAUGGUAUGACAAAGAGAAAGUACUAUGGGGUGUUAGGAAGAGAGAUAUGCAAUAUAAGUGAGGACUAAGGAGAGAGAUGCAUAUAGGGGAGUGAGGGGGCUUAUAAGAGAAAAUGCAAGGGUGGGCUAAGGAGAGAUCAACGGAUACCUAAAGUUGUAUUUAAAACAUGUAUGUGAUAUGCAAUUACCAUGACAGUUAAGCAUUAAGGCUGGCUUAGCAUCUUGGAAAUUGCUAUUAGAUUAUCAACUUAUAUUGACAUUCUUCACACUUAAGCAUAGGAAGAAUAUAUGCACAUUGCAAGCACACACCAGGUAACGGCGACAGCCAACAGACACUCAUUGUAAACUCGACACAAGGAAACACUGAUAGUUACGCACAUAAUGGCAAUGCACAUACAAGAGCACUGACAUCUAAUGACAAUUCCCACACAGAAUCUCUGACACAUAUUGAUACUGCACAGACUGUACACAGUUAUUUUGCACUCAAAGAUACAGUCACAUGUAUUCACAAUGGUUGGACACAAAAACUCUCAUUUGCACAGAUUGUGCAAACUAAAUUUUUGAUUUAUUCACAGAAACAUAGAAUGUAACGGCAGAUAAAUACCAUUCGGCCCAUCUAGUCUGCCCAGUUUUCUAAAUACUGUCAUUACUCCCUGGCCUUAUCUUAUAGCUAGGAUAGCCUUAUGUCUAUCCCACGCAUGCUUAAACUCCUUUACUGAGUUAACCUCUUCCACCUCAGCUGGAAGGCUAUUGCAUGCAUCCACUACCCUCCUGAUAUUAUUUUUAAACCUUUGCCCCUCUAAUUUAAGACUAUGUCCUCUUGUGGUAGUUUUUCUUCUUUUAAAUAUAGUCUCCUCCUUUACUGUGUUGAUUCCCUUUAUGUAUUUAAAUUGUUCUAUAUUACCCCACGUUUUGUCUUUCCUGCAAGUUAUACAUGUUAAGUUCCUUGAAACUUUCCUGGUAAUUCAAAGUCACUUAUGACAUUAACAGUAUCACUCAGACAAUCUUAAAGGGAUACUAUUGUCAGCAGAACCACUACAGCUUAUAGCCUAUUCUUGCAGGCUUUUUAUUGUAAAUGCUACAUUUUCAGAGGCUGUCUAGUAACACCUCAGUUACUCAUACAGCCACUAGAGGUACUUCGUAGUCCAGUGCAGCACAGUUCACAGUUAUGUUCAGCGUCUUCAUGCUCAACAUGGAGAUGCCGAAUGCUCCCAAUAGCGCUGCAUUUUGGAUUGUCUAAGGUCAUCAAAAAUGAUGACCUCAACCAUGGAGGCGGGACCAGUGUUGUAAUGGAGAAAAGGUUAGUAAAGCUACAUUUUAACUGCAGUCUGAGGGUGCCGGAUACCUAAACAGGCACUCCAGCACAUAGUGUUAGGAAUACAUGUUUGUAUUCCUAACACUAUAGUGUUCCUUUAAAUGUGUCUUAGAGAGAUUGACUGUUAUAUACCAUAAGUGGAUUUUACUACUAUUACAAUACGUUAAGGGCUAAUGACGGAUGACAUUGGGGGCCCCACUUCUACAUUUUGCACAGAGCACCUGAAAACCUGAGAUCAGCCCUGGCCGUCAUGACAGAUGGCACAUCCACCAUGAUAACAUUGCAUUUUUCUAAAGUAUUGUCAUUAAGGGGUUACGCAUAACUCUUAGAGACUCAUCAAACAACAUCCAUAAAAAAAAACAACAACAUAUGCAGCUAAUAUAUCUCUCAAGUCCUGACUGACACUCUUUCCUUAAUAGCUGUCUGUUGCUCUUACCUUUACUGCUAACUCAUACUUGUAGGACUCCUACUGCGCUGGUCCUCUCUUCUGGAACAGCCCCCUACGCCCAUCAGAUUCUCCCCUAGUCGUCAAUCAUUUAAGAAGUCCCUCUAAACCCAUCUCUUCAGAACAGCCUAUGGCCUCUUGUUCUAACAUUUGUAAUUGUCUUAUUUAUUGUUAAAUUUCUGGCUUUAUAUAUAAUAAAAAUAAUAAUGACUUGACAUGGGUACGUCAACAAUUCAUCCUGAUGUUUUCAGAUGACAUGUCACUUUUUGUCUGCUACAAAUUUAGCCAUUUGGUAUUGUGUUCUCUUCCAGAAACAGCGUAUACUGAAAAUGACUGUCACUUACUCUAGCAAAGUUGCCAACGCCACAUUCUUUGGGUUCCACAGGCUGCUCGUGAAAUGGAGGGGUAGCAUCUACAAACUGCUUUAUAGAGAGUUCUUUCUGUUCAUCAGCUUAUAUACUGCACUGAGCGUCAUAUACAGGUAUGUCAAAAUGGGAUUGGAAAUAACAAUUAAGCUGCAAAUGCUAGCUCAUUGUAAUGGUUGUGGUGCAAAGAGUCUUUGGGUGCCAUAACCCCAGUUUUGGUCAAACCAUUUAAAAUGUUAAAUGGAACACGGGACCUCCAUGAUACCUACAAGAUAGCUCCUUGCCUCCUUCUCACCUACCGGGGGAGUGAUCGUCUAUAGUAGAAUGUCAAACAUUAGGCUGAAAAUGCGAUGAAAAUGAGUUGCAGAGGUUUUGUUGCUCUGAGCAAUAUGACUAAUUUGUAUAUCCAAAUAUCCAACUGAUAUAAUACAAACAAGGUUGCAUGUCAGGUGUGGGCCAAGGGUUUCCAGUGCAAAGUUCUCCUCCCUUUAUAUGUCUUCUCCUUUUAUAUUACCCACCACUUUCAUAGUAAAGUGAAUCAUAAGAAACAUUUUCAUUUUAUCGGCAUUAACCAUUCAAUAAUCAACAAUCUACCAAAAAAGUAAAAUGUACACAGACAAGUACUGAAUUCAACAUAAAUAGAGUUUGUGUAUAAUGCACUCACAAGGAUAGGAGAAAAGAAGAACGUAUCUCACACUUGUGGGUACACAACAGCGUCCUCUUGAUAUUUUCUCAGUAAUUCUAUAUAUAGUUAUUAAUUGUUUCCGGUCAAUUUUUUGGUUUUAAAAUUUCUGCUAAAUUUAAUGCCAGAUGAAAUUUAAGCAGAUGAACCCAAUAAAUGUGUCAGCAGCUCAAAAUUAAAUCGCAGGUAAAUGUACAUGGGACACACAUGUAUCGGCCUUUUUCAGUGACUAUUUACUUAAUAAAAAAAUAUAUAUUUAACUUUUUUUUUUUAAAAGCCUAAGGGGUUCAAUUUGACUUUCAUUUUUAGUAAAAUUGCCACCAGUCUUUAGCAGCGAUAAUUUAAUCCGAAACGUUAAAUUGCUUGUCGAAAGCCAAUAAAUGCGUUCGCUCUAAUUAAAUCUACGGAAACGUGAUCACUAGUAGUUGUUACUAACCAUAACACUGUAAAGUUUGGUGGAACACACUUCCCAUUCCCAACAUUUUAAACCAGUGUAAACAUUCAGAUUUCUUAUGACAGUGUACGUUUGCGCACCUUUGUAUAGCGUGUGUUUGAGGGCCUGUACAUAAAGUAAUAAGGAAAUGGCUGGUGGGAAGGCUGCUAUAUUUUUCUGUGUUGGUAAAUAAAUGUAUAAUCUUGGGUGUGGGGUGGUACGUGUCUUGGUGGGUUGGUAGCUGUAGGUCACUAGGACAGUCGGACUAUGUGAAGAGGGAAAAGGAUGAUGGGUAAUAUUUAGGAGAGUGGUCAAGUGUGGCAAUUGGUGGAUAAAAUUCAGUUGGUGGGGUGACUGUGACUACAUGUGUGUCUGUAUAUGAUGUAUGGGGGUAUGUGACAGGGUGUAUGUAUGUGGAUGGGUGAAUGUGUCUGGGUAACAGUUUGUCACAUACUCCCAAUCUGUUAUGAAGUGCAUAGCAGGUUAAUGCAACUAAAUGGUGGCUGUGAGAGAGAUUGGGUGAGUUCACAUUACUGCCACUAAUAUUGUUAGCAAGCUAAUAGAGUGUGUAAUUGAAUAGAGAAUCCACGGAAGUUUCAGACAGAGUAAUCCACCUUCAGACAUGAGGUACCUUGGAGCAUUGCACCGAAAGCACCCCACACGCUAUGCACCCCACUUCACAAAUUCAGCUAUUUUAAUCCUAAAACAAGCAAAUAUAUGAAUGUGUAUUCUAUUGCUUUUUUUGGUGCUGGUCCAUUCUGUUAUUUAUUAUAAUUCAGUCAUUUGUAUAUCUCUGGAGAAGGAUUCUACAUCGUGUGCCUGGUGGCAAUGAGUACAGGUUCAGAAUGUACACUAACACGUAUAGAGUUUCAGGCUGGUGCAUAGAAUUCCGUUGCAAUGUCAGCUAUGGUGACUGUGGAAAUUGGACCCUACGUAAGCAGAGAUAGUCAUAUAUCACUUACUAAUGUGUUGACGUAAUUUAAUUGCUAUUUUUCUCCUUUGUGCAAAAAUACCUCCUUGUCCCCUUCUAAAACAGCACUUUGAAGGUGUUCAGCAAAAGGUAAUCAGACAAAAAUAAUCUCAUAUUACAAAGUAUGCAGUGUCCAUGAUCAUGGUCCAUGCAAUUUAUGGUAUGAUUGGAGAUACAAACAAACUUUAUACCAAACAUGCUAUAAUGGUUUGUUUCUCUUCUCAGUUUAAAUAUUUUAAGUAACUGCUAUAGAGUGAAAACCUACAUUUUUAGGAUACGCGUUCUUGGGAUAUUUAUUGCAAUAUAAAGUGCUUCCUGCUGAGUUUAUACUCUGUACUAUGCCAUCGUACUUGGUAUGUGCCAUCUGUUCCUCUCUACCUUCCUGUUAUGAUGUACCUUGUAGUCAGGGCCAGAUUUCCCUAUAGGCAGAGUAGACACCUGUCCACUAGGGGCGCCUGUUUUUAGCACUUAUAAUGUGCCUCCACACUCUGCAUUAUUAGGCGUUAUUGGGGUUUAUGAGCCCCUAAUAUGACUAUCUGUGCCUAAUAAUUCCUAAUUAUUGCAAAGUCAGUUUUAAAGUUAAGGCCAACCUUAAAAGCAUAGCUGACUUUAACAAUCUUUAAAUUUCAGCCAUUUUCACCUUAAAUUUGAAAUUCACUUUUAAUACAUUUAGAAUUUUCAAUAAUUCUCCCUAGUGCAUACCACUGAUAGUUUUUAGUAAACAUUUUAGGAAUGCCAAGUGAAGUUCCAAUUUUAGUCCAAUAUAGAGCUGAAAGCAUCGCUGAUUUGAUAUUCCCAGGCAAGUCUCAAGAGAAGUUAAACUCUCUGAUUGGGUUGUAGUGAAGCAGAGGCAGCAUUGCCUGCUUGUCUUCGAGCCAGUGUUGAAUGUAGUACUGGUGGAUGACUUUGGUGCGUAUUGUCAAGGUCAGAGUACUGGUUGUUUUGGUUGUGGUAAUGCAGCUAACAAGUCCAGAAAGCACGAACAGAAACUCUGCCUUCCCCUCGGACACUUAUUUCUUAUAGAUUUGUGAAUGCAUUUUAACUUUUCUGGGUAUUAUAAAUAAUUUAAUCUAGGUAAUGUUGUGUUACACUAAUUAUUUUAGCCUGUAGAGCACCCUCUGUUGGUAGCAACAGCUAUAUGCACUACCUGAAUAGCAAGGCUUGUUAAUUUGCAUAUUCAGGUAGAUCUGCAUAUUGCUAAUUCUGCAGAGAGGAGAGAUAUUUUGUGUUAAAUAUUUUCUUCCCCAUCCCUUAAUAAAUAUGUUAUUAUAAUUCCCUGUAUGUUUUCUGACAUGUUUUGGUUAUUUGUAUUUUAUUAAUACUUGAUGUAAUGAGCAUAUGGGCUAGCCCCAAAUUAAAAUAAAGCUUUGCAUGUUAGUUCCUAUUGGAACUGUGUGUUCUGUGUGGAUUUUUAGGGUUCCCAGUAACAGUCUUUGGACCUGUUGGCUGGCUGCACGGCCCCUCUAGCCCUGGGAUAAAUCAAGAAAACUAGGCCAGAGAGCUGCAAGUGCCUUUGUAAAGGCAAUAGCAAUCAGUAUAAGCAGAGCUGCAAAGGGAACUAUACCUGCCUGGAAGGAAAGCUGCAGAGGGAUAGGCAGAGGGGAUGAUACCUGCCUGGAAGAACAGUUUGGUCAGGUGGAAGAGUUCAGGAGAGACCCCAGUCAAGCUAUUGCGACUGGGGCUGAAGCAUUCCAGGCUCCAUUCCCAACGGUUAGGAAACAGAUUAGGUGGAGGUACUCAGUUGGAGUUGAGGAACUCAGUCACAAUCGUCAUCUGCACUUGUGCAAUCACAUAUGUCGUGAACUCUUUUGCUCUACACAGUACACCUUGCCAUUGCAUGAUAAAGGAUAUUUGUUUUAAAAAAACAAAAACACCAAAAAAAACACAAAACUAUAUAUUUAGUUUAAAAAUCUGAAUUAAAAACUGUUGUUGGGGGGUGGGGGGCGUGGCUUGACCGAGUACCAAGCUGGACGUGUAAGCCUAGAGCUCCGCUUCGACCUCCUCAUAAAAAGCUCACUUAAGCUUACCUAAAGUACCUACUCUCCAGGUUACCAGCUCCUGAGGUACCCUGGACAAACGUACUCCUCGCAAACCACCCAAAAAACCUUCAGAUAGGGGUGCACAGUCCUGUUUGCAGCCUCCCACGCUUCGCGCCAUGAGGCACAAGAUGGCAGCAAAAUCAACUUCCUCACGCCGGACUCGCCUGUAGGCGCUGUAGCCUCCCAACCCCCAGGCACCCUAUCUGAGGAAGCACCGCAGUUAUUGGCAAAAUUGGUGGACAUAAGGACCUUCCUAGCCCGGGAGAUCGAGUGGUCCUCCAAGGCCGUGAUGGCGGAGAUACACUCCCUGGGCGCACGGACGGUGGCCCUGGAACAACGCCUAGACACUAAGUCUAUGACCCACAAUACGGUCGUAUACCAUGUUACCAAUUUAACCACCUGACUGGAGUCUGUUCUAUCCAUCUUGUGGCCUUUACUUCCAGACAUACCUCCUAACUAGUGGCUGGUGGAACGGGCCCAUAGGGCUCUCCCGGCAUGGAGAGAAGAUAACCUACAACCCCGUGACAUAACCGUGCACUUCCUCCACUUCCAGACCAAGGAAGCAGUGCUGAAGUGGAGUCGGGAAGGCCCUAUAACAUAUCAAGACCAUGAGCUCGCAUUUUAUCAAGACCUCGCACCUUCCACUCUGCAGAAAAGGAGAGAGUGGAAGCCAAUUACUGAGAUUCUAAUGGGCUAAUGCCCUCAAGUAUUCAUGGGGCCACCCUUUUAAACUCAUGGUCUUCAAGGACGGUCGUCCUCACGUCCUCCUGCGUGGCGCUGACCUGCUUCGCUUCUUCCACAACCUGAGCAUUAAGGCCCCAGCGACUUUCAUCAUGCUGAAACAGAUGACUACGGCGCUGCUGACCCUUCCAAGUGAUCUAAGGGUCCACACCUGGUCCGGUAUUUUUCUCCUUCCUAUAUUCUGCCCUACUCUCUGCCAGCAGACACCAGGAUUUUGGAUCUCCCCCACCACCAUCUACCUAUGUCCCGCAGGGAUUCCCACCUUCCCCUGGAGUGGGGUGAUGGGAUGUGGAUUGGUGCCUUCAUCUACCUGGCUCUGACGCAGAACUGGUCCUCCCGGGCUUGGCACCCGCAGUGGUGUGACCCUGGAUGCCAGGACAUGCUGUGGAAGUCUAUCCGACCUCAGGUGCAGCGCUUGUUACUCAUAUCCUUGUUAGUUUUGGGACCCUUGUAACAUUGCACCUGGGUGACAAUAGUUACGGUUGCAAUGUUAACUGGGUUAACUGGGUGGACCAUAUUACUCCCAUAUUACACUGCGUUACAAAAUAAUGAAGGUUCCAUCUCACAUAGUCAGUGGUCCAUCCUGACCCAAUAACCAGGCAGGCAUGGUUCAGGGGGCCCAGUCUCUCUCCUAACGAGAAUGAAUACACAGAAGACCCUCCCCCCCAUACCCGUGCCCAUGUAUUUAUUUGCAAAGAGAAAAUCAGUUUCCCUCCCCUCCAACCCUAUACAGCAAAAAAUAAAAGCACACAUUUAAUGAAUUGAUUAAUUACAUUCAUGAUAAAUCUUUUGUUUAUUCCAUUGUUGCACCAUUUAGUUCAUUAUUAACUUGGACAUAUCAGCUAAUUAAAGAAAAUUCAGACUUUUAGAUUUUGAUUCAGCCAAUAAAGAAUGAUUAUGUCUGAUGGCCAUUAAUGGGCAGUAACUAAAACUGAAUCACACGACUAUAAUUGAAAUACAGUGUCUAUAGUCCAUGGUCGCCACAAGCUAAGUGUUAAUAUUAUCUAGAUUGAGAUAGUGGGUUACUCUGUAUUAGUUGUUCGGUAUCAGCAGUUCCUAGCUUCUAGGUCAGGACCUUAAAAUCAGAUCCCCAUUGAUAAAAAGAGGCACUGCAUAUUGAUCAGGACCCAGGCAACUGUCACAAUAAGCUGGUUACUGUUACAGCUUUGUAACAGAAUUGUGUGCCCCAGUGUUCUGAAAAAUACUUUGAUAGAGGGAAGGGUCUAAUGACAUUGAGAAAAGAAUAAACGUAUCUAAUGGAUUGAUUAAAGUCAUGAUUAAUUUUUAGUUUAUUUCAUCGAUGUGCCAUUAAGUUCAUUAUUAAUUCGGACGGAUCAACGAAUAUAUGAAAGAAAAUUCUGAUUUUAAUUCACCCAAAAAAGAAUGCCGAUGUCUAAUAGUCAUGAAAGUAAAGAAACUUAAUUGUAAAUGUCAAUGUUAGUUUUUAUCACAGUUGGACAAUGGGUCGCCAAGCUAAUGUCAUAAAUGUAAUUUGAGUCCCAGACAAAAAAUGUAAGAGCUUCUGUUUUACAUAUUUGUCAGGUGCAAAGUCAUCCUGCCUUUAGAUAUAGAAAUACCCUGAUAAUUUCCCAAAUGUAACAUUAAACAAUUAUUUUUUUAUGUCACUCUUCAGACGGGAACAUUGCUGUCACCAAGGUUGGCCAUCAGAGAAUGGGAGUGACAAAUACUAUGCAAAAUAUAUUAUAAUUAAUUGUUCACUGCAAAGAAAAAAAAGUUGUAUCCAGAGAAGGAUUAAGAUCCCAUGGGGCCCUAGGCAUGUUUUUUUUUUUUUUUUAAUUAAAAGAUAAUUGUAGAAAUUGUGAAUUUAUUUUAUCUCUGCUACAGAUUCCUUCUUACAGAAAGUCACAAACGUUACUUUGAAAAACUCGCACUUUAUUGUGACAAAUAUGCUGAGCAAAUCCCAGUAACAUUUGUGUUAGGUAAGUACUGCCUGCAUGUGCAGUCCAUGCCACAUACUGCUUACAUUGAGAAGACCUAUCCCAUUUUGCAUGUAUCCCCUCCGUGGAGGAAUCUCAUACAUCAGGGGCAGGCUGGCUCGUACUCUUCUGUCAAUGAAUCUUAUUCAAUAUAGUUCCAUGCCCACAUAGGCGAGGAUUAUUUUAUAAUUGCAAGCAAAUAAGCAGCUAUAGUUUAUUGUAGUGAGCAGUUAAUAUUCUCCCAGAAGGCUUUAGCCAGCCUACCCUUGAAUCCAGAUUACUAAUACUGUUUGUCACACAUUGUAUUAUUUUGACUUGCUGAUUGCUACAUUUUUUGAGCAGCACCAAUGUGUCUAAGUUGCACAAUGUAUCCUAGAAACUGAAGUGGUUUCUGUUCCCAGAAUAAAAACAUUGCUUUACUUUAGUGCUAUGAGAAAGACAAUUGAUAUGCUUCUCAAAGAGGCUCUGUCACCUUUUUGGGGUCUUUGCACUUAUAGUAUUGAUGCCCGAAGGUGACAGCCCUGGUUAACGGAUAAGCAGUGAAGUUAAAGGCAAAUAUACUUAGCUAGGACUCUAGUCCGUCACAGACUCUGCCAUCUUCCAUCUUCAGUUCCCCAUGCUUCCUCCACCAGGAACCUGAAUCACUGCAGUACUCUUGCACAUGCGCGAGAACACAACACAGAGGUUUAUGGAGGAACCAAUGAGAAAACAGAAUCCGCCAUAAUUCAAUUCUCGCAAUUUGUGCAAGAUGAUCCCUGCUUUGUCAAUAUUUGAUAGACAAAGUAGUCCCCGCUUUGUCUUAUGGUAUCUUUUCAUUGCAUUAGAAUUUCAAUUCAAUUUUAACUAAGUCAAUAUGAGUAUUUUAAAAAGAUUUUAUAUUUAUGACAUACUCAGAAAGUAUAUUUUAGAGUCACUUUAAUCGUAUGCAAACUGUCACACAAAAUAUGUUGGUUUAUUUUUUUAUUUCUCUCGAUAGCCUUACUAACCUUUCUGAUUUGUAUUUUAGUUUUUCAGCAAAGCCUGCCUUUUAACCCCUUAAGAACACAUGACAUGUGUGACAUGUCAUGAUUCCCUUUUAUUCCAGAAGUUUGGUCCUUAAGGGGUUAAAUACAAUGAACUCAGCACUUUUAAUUUAAAGACCAUUCUUUUGCACUGAUAGCCACUGUCAUAUGGCAUUGCUCCUUGGACAAAUGGCUGAAACUCAAAAUGAGCAGUCCAUCAGCGUACUUAACGCUUAAAGCAGAGCUAUUCUUUUCAAGUGGCAGAGUGGUACACUUUGUAAUUGUUUCUCUCGUUUGAAUAUUACUCCAACAUCUAAAGUAAACAGUGUGUGCAAGAAAGUCAUUCCAAAAAUGGAAACCCUUUUUUCCUGGAUGAAAGACACUUGUGACAAGGGUCGAACGAAUUGAUUUCUGUCUUGUGGGCAAUUCCAGCAGAUUGACAUAGAGGUACCUCAAAAACCAAGCUUCAUCUCAUUUUCAAAAAAGAAAUCUUUAAAUAAAAGCUAAGUACAGAAAAUACAGAAACCAAAGCAAGUGGAAUUAGAUGCCAAUUGUGUAAAGGUAGUGCUACAUACAGUUUAUUUGAAGGACAAAAUAGAAAAAAAAAAUGUUUUGGGUUUCCCCUUUGUCAAUGCCAACAUUUCCUUACAUCCUUACUUGAUAAGGACAUUCUAGAAUUUACAAAGGGGAAACCCAAAAUGUUUGUUUCUAUUUGGUCCCUCAAAUAAACUGUAUGUAGAACUCCCCAUGCAAAAAUGGUAUCUAGCUGCGUUGCCUUCAUUACUUUAUUUUAUGUUCUUGGAUUUGACCCUGCUUUGAGCAACAUGGUGCAAGGUUAGCAGCAAAGAGUUAUUAGUUUUUGAUUUUUUUCCCCUCUCUGGCCACAUUAAAUAUAAAAGCCGUACAGGGUAAAAAUUGGGCUGUUGGUGACAGUGGCAUGUUUAUAUAUUUUAAGAUUUUUACCCUGAAAGAAGAUAUAUUAAUAUUUCUCUUAUUUUUGAAUAUGCACUAGACGCAGGCAUAGGCAACCUUCGGCACUGCAAAUGUUUUGGACUACACCUACCAUGAUGCUUUGUCAGCAUUAUGUGUGUAAGAGCAUUAUGGGGGAUGUAGUCCACAACAUCUGGAGUGACGAAGGUUGCCUAUCCCUGCACUAGGGAGUGCAAACAAUAAAAUAUGGUUACUAGAUUAGAUGUAGAACAAAAACAAAUAGGUAAACUUCAUUACAAGUUAGGUUUAAUUGUAGAUAUAGGGAUUGAGAUAUUUUAGAAUAUUACAGAGUGGUGGGAGACUGUGCAAAUUCUUUUGAAGAAAGCUAUUUGAUUUACUGUAUUUAUCGGCGUAUAACACGCACUUUUUCUCCCUGAAAAUAGGGGGCAAAUUAUGGGUGCGUGUUAUACGCCGGCCCUUUAAAUGCUGCAGCCGUCUGAGCGCUCUGUCAAGAGCGGUCAGGCGGCUGCAGUUGGUUCUCACCUCCCCUCGACCUGUAGCAUGGCCGAGCUGCUCUGCUGUCCGCGGUGCCCGGCCGGAGUGAUAGGAAGGUGCGCGGAACAGGAGUUUCUGUUUCCUGUACCCAGUCGGACUGACAGGAAGGUGCACACUGAGCGUGCACCUUCCUAUCACUCCGGCCGGGCACCGCGGACAGCAGAGCAGCUCGGCCACGCUACAGGGGAGGGGGUAAAAAGAGAGUGGGGGGAGUAAGAAGAGGGGGAGGGUAAGGGGGUGAGGAGGGUAAGAAGAGGGAGGGGGAGUAAGAAGAGGGGAGGGGGGGUAAGAAGGGGUAAAGAGGGGAGGGGUAGAAGAGGGAAGAAGAGGGGGAGGUAAGAAGUAACUAGAGGGGAGGGGGGUAAGAAGAGGGUAGAGGGGAGUAAGAAGGGGGAGGGGGGAGUAAGAAAAGAAGAGGGGGAAGUAAGAAGAGGGGGAGGGGAGUAAGAGAGGGGGUAAGAAGUUCUUUAUUUGAAAUUUAAGGUUUUUUUUCCUGAAAUUUCCUUCUUAAAAUGAGGUGCGUGUUAUACGCCGAUAAAUACGGUAUUUCCUUUUUGUAAUGAGGAAAUGUUCAUAAAGUACUUACAGUGAACGGUAGGUUAGAGGUGAUGUGCACAGCUGGACAGAUGGAGUGAGUAUUCUUCUCAAGUAGUAUAGAAAUGUUCUAAAUAUGUCUAGCAGGCUCAUAGAAAUGCGCAGCCCAUUUCGUUAGGUUGUGCAACGGGAAAUUCUUCCCCAAUGUUAUAUUUUAACGUUAUGUAAUGUCCAUAUUAAAGGGACACUAUAGUCACCAAAACAACUUUCGCUUAAUGAAACAGUUUUGGUGUAUAGCUCAUGCCCCUGCAGUCUCACUGCUCAAUUAUCUGACAAAAUGACAAAGUGUGAUGUGUGUAUUGCUGUAAUUAAUGUGCAUUACUGUGUGUGGGUAGCUUGGAGUGAUGUGUGUGGUUGAGUGCGAGUAUCUUCAAGGCUGACAUGGGACAUAAAAUAGUUCUAGACGUUUUAUGACAUAGUAGUGGUGCAUUUUCACAUUUUAGAAAUGCAACUUUUUCUCUUUAAGAUUUCAAUAAUAUAAAUACGACAACCUCACUAACACAAAUAUACAUAUAUAGAGACUGCAAUCAGUCACUGAAAUGUUCAUUUAGAGAGACACGCCUAUGGAUUGAGACCGGCAGGGGAGAUCUCAGGAUCUCCCCUGUCGGCUCAUGCAGAGCACCGGCUCUGCUCUAAGCCUCCAUGGGCCGUUGGGGAGAUCAAAGAUCUACCUCACCGGCCCACAGCAGCAUGGAGGGAGGCAGGAUCCGGGAUCCAGCCAGCAGAUCCACUGGGUUCCUCUCGCGAGAUCUGAGUGUUGCCGCAGCAUUGCACAGAUCUUGUGAGAGUGAACUCUAGCCCCGCAGGCUAGAGUUCACUCUCCACUGGACCACCAGGGAUGGCACAUGGCAGUAAGGAUCCCCCCUCCCUACAUAAGGUAAGAAGGAUAUUUACUAAUCUGCCCCCACCUCCACCCCCACAAUCCCUCCAAACAUACAGCACACACACAGCACCCUCACACAUACAGCACCCUCACACUUAAAGCACCCACACACAUACAGCACCCAAACAGCACCCACACACACACAGCACCUACCCACAUACAGCACACAAACAGCACCCCCACACACACACACAGCACACAAACAGCACCUACACACAUACAGCACCCUCACAUACGCACACACGCACACACACACUACACUAACAGCACACACACAGCACCCUCACUCACAGCACACACACAAACAUCCUCACCCACAUAGCACACUGCCAGCACCCUCACACACACACAUCACACAAACAGCACCCUCACAAACACAGCACCCUUACACAGCACACUAACAGGACCCUAACAAACACACACACAAACACCCUCAAACACACACAGCACACUACCUGCACCCUCACACACAGCACACAAACAGCACCCUCACACACACACACAAACACCCUCACCCACAUAGCACACUACCAGCACCCUCACACACACAUCACACUAACAGCACCCUCACACACAGCACCCUCACACAGCACACUAACAGCACACACACACAGCAGUGUAUGUAUGUGUGUGUGUGUGUGUAUAUAUAUAUAUAUAUAUAUAUAUAUAUACAUAUAUAUAUACAUACAUACAUAUACACGCGGGGUGUGUUUGUGCUUUAGGGUGCACACCCUAAUGCAAUAGGCUGCGCAUGCCUAUGAAGACACAUAGAAAUAUGCACAUGCAUGCAGACAUACUUACAGAUACACACAUAAAUACAGAUUCACAGAAACAUAUACAAGUACAAACAUACAUAUACACAGAUACACAUUCAGUCAUACAUGCAAACACAUUCAUAGAUACAUAUAGGCAAGGUUCAACAUUUUCAGGUCCUGGGCUACUAGCCAGGCUGAAAUUUAGUCACCACUUCAAAUGCACAUAGAUAUAUAUGUUCUAAUUUUUUUUACACAUUGAGUAGGUUCCUCCCUCCUCAAGGAGACAAUAACCUACAGAUGUUCUUAAAAAGCUGAUUUCUUCGCUAGUAAACAAACUAGUCACUUAUUCACUCCCAUAACUAACCACUCAAACAGUAACAGGCAUAGUGACACACACAGCCAUACGUGAGGAUGCACUCACAGAUACACACAAACAUACACACACUCACAGUUAUACAAACAUAUUCAACUGCACACUCAGGGACACAUAUACACAUAGAUAUACACUCUUAGAAAUACAGAUACACAGUGAAACAUACAGACAUAUGAGAAUAAAUACAUGUUGGAAUUGGUGGAAUUUCUAUGUAGUAGAAAUAGGAAAGGGAGAUUCAAGUUAGCUGCCCCUCGGCCCAAUAUAACUAGUGGGGGGGUAGGUGCUGUAGUAGGGUGCUUAGGGCAGUUAUAGGCAAGGGGGGCUGUAGUGAGGGGAUAGGGGCUGUAAUGAAGAAUAGAAGCUUUGGGGGGGGGGGGAGGCUAGGGGCUGUAGUGGAAUUUAGGGGCAGUGCCAGUGCAAGGAUUUUUGAAUACAUAGGCAAAGAGGCAUUUUUCCGCCGCCCCCCCCUAAAAAUAACAUCUUCACCUAUGUGCCUCUUAACCAGCCACUCUCCCCUCCCCGUCCAUUAGUUUUCCCCUCCCUUCCCUGUCCCUUAGUGUUCCUCUCCCCUCCCCCUCUUUUCCCUGUCCCUUGGUGUUUCUCUCCCCUCCCUGUCCCUUGGUGCACCCCCCACCCCCUUAGUGGUCAUACUCCCCUUCCUGGUGUGCCUCCUACCUCUCUUGUAGCGUUGCCGAGCAGAUCCUCUAAAGGAGCUUCAGUUUUCUGUACCCACUGGACUGACAGGAAGUGCUCUCUCAGUGAGUACCUCCUGUCAGUCUGGCCGGGUACAGGAAAAAGAAGCUCCUGUACUGCGCUCCGCUCCGCCAUGCUACACUCAGUGGUGUAUACACACUCACAGUCACACACACUCAAUAAGAAGCACACAGACUUCACUGACAGACACAGACUCACUGAUCUGACACACACUCAUUCAUUGACAGACACACACUGAUAGUCACACACACAGGGCCGGCAUUAGGGGAUGACAACCAUUUUCUGCUGUGUUUGCCUAAAUGUUACCACUAUGACUUCAAUGUGCUACAAUCUACUAUUUUAUAAUUACAUUUUUAAUUUGCAGAGACAGUGUAUGCAUUGGCUAAAUGAACAUCACUUACAGAAACUUUAAAUAUGCUACCACAGAUAUGCUAACAUACAUGAUCAUGUGAAACACGCAGGGUGGAAUGUAUGCAUUCAGUGUUGUAUCUAUUUCGGCAUGUGCAAACAAAUAAAAUUACAUUAUUGUACUUCAAUGUUUGUAACUAAUAUCAUACAGCCAAUGUCAAAGUACAAUGUGAUUUGUUUGUACAAAAUCAACAAACAGGUGACGAUGCAUAAUGUAAUGCAAUAUUAAUAGACAAAAUUAGCUGGAAAAAAAAUAUUUUACUUCUGUUUUCCCAAAGAAAUCUACUAAACUUGUACUUGAUAAUUCUGACUUUGUUUCUUCACUUGCUGGUCAGUUCUGAUCUUGACGAUACUUAUUCUUAUUCUAAAAUAUCUCGUAUAUUUUUCAGUUCAGUUGUGAUGAAUUCAAUUAAAUAUUGCAGUUGUAGACCAAGAGGUGGAGGUCUCAUGCUAUUGGUCCACAAAUGUAAACUUAAUACUGUUUGUUCUUAUGCUAGAAAGAACUUCUCCAUUAUUGUGACUCGAGGGUGAAACACCAAUUUUUAAAUGAAAGCAUUUCACUAUAUUAUUAUUUACUUUGGCCUUGAUUUAAUAUUUUUUUUAAAAGCUUUUCAAAUUAUUUCAUUGCAUUUGCCCCUGCGUUGUUACUGCUCCAUUCUAUUCAAUUCUCUGCCGUUUAGUGCUUAAAUCACUUUGUUUAUGCAGCCCAAGCCACACUUCCACUGACAUACUCACAGAACUUCUAUGAAAAAAGGUUUUGUUUUUAAAACAAUCUUACUGUACACUGUGUUUUCUUUAGAAGUUCUUCUCUGUUGCUCGAACUAGACAAUUACCAGUAAUAAGAAGCCAGGUGAGGUCUUAAGCAAUAUAAUUUGAUUCUGAAAUAGCAGAGAACUGAGCAGUGAGACUGCAGGGCAAAAUUUGUACACCAAAACCAUUUUUUUAAGCUAAUGUUGUCUUGGUUUUUAGAGUGUCCCUUUCAUUGGCUGAACAAAGUAGGUAUUUCAGCAUAACAAUAUACUUAGUCCAAUACUGGCAUCCUAACAAAGCUGGAACACCCAGAUAGAAUAUACAGAUACGUUUGUUAUGUCCCAGCCAACAUUGCAUUAUGAUAGCCAGCAGAAGUUUCACCUUACUUGGUAUUUAAGAAUGUAUGUCAUGACAACCGUAGACAAACUAAAUAAAAUAUGACCCAAACCAAUGAGUCCCCUUUUGUGUUGUGAACGAUAUUCUCCUUUCUUUCAUUUGUACAGGUUUUUAUGUCACUCUAGUCGUAAACAGAUGGUGGAACCAAUUUGUGAAUCUUCCAUGGCCUGACAGACUCAUGUUAUUAAUCUCCAGUAAUGUACAUGGAAGAGAUGAAUACGGACGCCUAAUCCGGCGGACACUUAUGCGCUAUGUGAACCUAACAUCUUUACUGAUCUUCCGCUCUGUCAGUACUGCUGUUUACAAAAGAUUUCCAACCAUGGACCAUGUUGUAGAAGCAGGUAUAUCGUUAUAAUAGCUUAGUUGGGGCUCUAAUGGAAUGGUUUUAAUAAUUAUAUUAGAUCAGAACUAGGAUACUGGAUAAACAAUAGUUGAUGUUGGGCUGAAUAAACAUAUUUAUGGAGAAUAGAAGGCCACCCUUUCAUAGUUCUGUUUCCCUGCCAGCUGAUUUUAUACUUUUUUAGCAGAUUAGGGUGAGAUGGGGUUAUGUUCUGCAAGGUUUACUAUUCAGGCAGGUGGCAUGCUCAAGCCUGUUCCCCAUAGAGGUUACUUGAUGGCAUAAGAACCCACAUGCACAAUGGCAAAAGAUGAUUUCUCAACAAGUCAAUCAAGAAAAAUAAUGUUAAAGGGAUAGCGUAGUCACCAGAACUACUACAGCUUAAUGUAGUUGUUCUGGUGUCUACAGCCUGUCCCUGCAGGCAUUUUAAUGUAAACACUGUGUUUCCAGAGAAAUACAAUACUGACAACAAACACCUUGUGAUACAGCUCUGGUACUCCAACCAAGUACCUCCACUACGUCUGCGUCAGGGGACCAUAGAGCACUAGAGACCCAGUCGCAGACGCUUGACUGGAGUCUCAGGAACUCUACCACCCGACCAGGUGGCAUCUCUCUGCUUCCAGGCAGGUAUUGUCCCCUCUGCCUUUGCCUCUUCAGCUUCUCUCCCAGGCAGAUAUUAACACCUGCACUGUGAUGAGCAACUGCCUUUACAAAGGCACUUGUGGCUCUCAGGUCUAUCUCUCUUUUUAACUUGUCUCUAGAUAAAGGGACCAAGCAGCCAGCCAACAGGUCUGAAGACUCUCCUACUAGGGUCCCUGAAUAUAUCAACCAGGACACACAGUUCCAAAGGCAGCUAACAUACAAUGCUUUAUUGUUUAACUAGGACUAGUCUUUGCUUACUAGUCCUUAAGCAUGUAGUGAAAACCAUACAAUUAUAAACAACAUACAUAAUGUGAAGUACAAGCAACAUAAUAAUGCCUCAAAUAUGUAACAUAAUUCCAACUUUCCAAACUAUGGGAAAAAAGAGAGAGAUAUCUAGAUGCAACUUAUCUGUUUUUACAAUAUCCUAAUUUGCAUAUUGUGAUUAUGCCAACAAUGCAUUUUUCAGUGCCAAACAACACAGUGCAAAGGAGAGUCUGGAGGAAUGCCCUUUUAAAACAAGGAUAUUCCAACCUUGCAAACCCAAGCCAGGGUGGAAAUCAGAAUUCCAUUCAAGGCCAGGGCCCAUAGUUUGUGGGAAGGAGGCUGACCUGCAGACCUCCCCAUCUACCUAUCUAGUGGCAUACGCAAUACCCUACAGUUAAGAUUAAGAUUAUAGUCAGUGUUAAUGAUAAAUGUAGUCAUGUGAACUUAGAAAAUUCUAACUUGAUCCUGGGUUCAGGGGAGAGGAGGUUGUUGGUGUCCCUCCCCAGCGUUAGGUUGAGUUUCAUGGAGAGGAUGUAGCAGGCUAUUCAGUCUCAGCUAAUGUGUGGAGAAAAAAUGCUAUAAUCACUGCUGCUGCACAGGAUAGACGGCAUCAAGAGAAGGGAACUAUAACCACUGUAACCCUUCCAGUAGAAAAGGUCCCCAGAGACCCCAGUCCAGCUUUGGCGACUGGGUCAGCGCUUUAGAGUCCCCUGAUAUUGUCGAUGAAGUUGACCGAACAGAGGUACUCAGACUGAGUACAGGAGCUUCGGUAUGUGAUUUAACUAGGGAACCCAAUUGAGCACCACACAGGCAUGUUCCUAUAGAAUUUAUAGAAGCAAUGUGCCAAUGUUUUGCUCUUAAAGCCGCAGUAAAUGUAUAAUUUGUUAUAUUAUAUGUUCUUUUUUUACUAUAAUGUUAAGAUGUGAAAUACCCCAGCAGAUAUAUGACACUGAUAAUCCUUUAGACUGUCCAAAUAUAACUAUACUUCCCUACAUAGAAAGUUUAUUUGUUAUGAUGCCUUUGUAUUCCGUUAAAGGUUUUAAUGUAUACACGGGGGUUAUUUUUACACAGGAUUUAUGACAGCGGAUGAAAGGAAAGUGUUUGAUAAUCUUCAAUCGCCACAUCUUAAAUACUGGGUUCCAGUAAUCUGGUUUGGAAAUUUGGCAUCUAAGUCAAGAGCCGAAGGGCGAAUCCGUGACAGCGUAGAUCUACAAAUAAUGAUGAAUGUAAGCAAGAAAGAGUGAAAGGAACACUGUAGUUGUAAUGGUGCCCAGAGGUCCUGGUCACCAUCUUAUUGUAAAGGUUAAACUAUUUAUGAACUAUCUCAUCGCAAAUUGAUCCAUAUAGCGUCCUUCCUCCUGUGUCUCAUCCCUUCAGUGCAGAAUUCUUGAACUUGUGACGGAGAGUCAGAGAUUAAGUUGUUAUGUUGGUCGGGGUGCUCCUUUAAAUUAAUGUGUUUAUUAAAUAUUACAAGCUUUGUUACUAUAAACAGGGACUCAUUCAGUGAACAGACAACUGUAGUGAACUAAAAUGCAUGCUGUUAAACUACAUCAAUAUGUUAGUAGAAGUUGUUAAAAAAAGAAUUAAUCCUAAUCACACAAUAAUCCAGCAAGGGGAGCGAGAAAAACGUAAUGGAAACUCAUGAUAAAUUGUAUUUAAGAUGCUUUUUUCGUGUUCUCUUAGUAUUAUCUUUUUAUAGAAACAUAGAAUGUGACGGCAGAUAAGAACCAUUCGGCUCAUGUAGUCUGCCCAAUUUCCUAAAUAAUGAAACAAAGAAAAUGUAGAUGAGAUAUAGGAUCCUACCCACAGUUGAUGCCGCAACUCCAAGUUAGAAUGUCUUAAUUGUCAGACAGAUUGAAUAAUCCUAAAGUUAAAUGGGUGAUGGGGCUGAAUCCUGGGGCUGGACUUUACCCAAACGUAGAAAACAUCUCCCAAAACAAGUAUGGUAGUCCGCACCCAGGGGUUAACCCCUAUGAUCCACAGAAAAAAUGUACAAAUAAAAACACUGAGAAAGUGAACAUUUAUUUGAUAUGAAAAAAUAGCAACAAUGUAUGGCAUUAAAUUAUCAUGGCAGCAUUUGUGUAUACUGCAUUUUAAAGCAGGUGUAAUGAAUAAUGCAAACAGUAUGAAGUUGUCAAAAAUAGUACAAGUAUCCAGGCGAAAGAAACAAACUUGCAAAAAUAGGAACACUUGCUGCAAUGUCAAAAUAGUUGCAAUACCUGCUACUGCCGGACAAGAGGGAGACCAGCUACACCGCUGCCCAAAAAAAUUAAAGUGAGUACCCUAGAUGCGUUUCGCACCUUCCUCACCUCGAGGGAGGUGCGAAACGCAUCUAAGGUGCUCACUCUAUUUUUUCAUAUCAAAUAAAUCUGCAUUUUUUCCGUAUUUUAAGCUGUAUGUUUUUUCUGUGGAUCAUAGGGGUUUACCCCUGAGUGCAAACUACAAUACUUGUUUUGGGAGCAGUUUUCUAAAUACUUUCAUUAGUCCCUCGCCUUAUCUUAAAGGACCACUCUAGGCACCCAGACCACUUCAGCUUAAUGAAGUGGUCUGGGUGCCAGGUCCUUCUAGGGUUAACCCAUUUUUUAAUAAACAUAGCAGUUUCAGAGAAACUGCUAUGUUUAUGAAUGGGUUAAGCCUUCCCCUAUUCCCUCUAGUGGCUGUCUCAUUGACAGCCACUAGAGGCGCUUGCGUGCUUCUCACUGUGAUUUUCACAGUGAGAGCACGCAAGCGUCCAUAGGAAAGCAUUGUAAAUGCUUUCCUAUGUGACGGGCUGAAUGCGCGCGCAGCUCUUGCCGCGCGUGCGCAUUCAGCCCAGAAGGAGGAUCGGAGGAGGAGAGGAGGCAGAGAGCUCCCCGCCCAGCGCUGGAAAAAUUUAAGUUUUUAACCCUUUCCCCUUUCCAGAGCCGGGCGGGAGGUGGUCCCUGAGGGUGGGGGCACCCUCAGGGCACUAUAGUGCCAUGAAAACGAGUAUGUUUUCCUGGCACUAUAGUGAUCCUUUAAGUCUAGGAUAGCCUUAUGCGUAUCCCAUGCGUGCUUAAACUCCCUCACUGUGUUAACCUCUACCACGUCAGCUGGUCCACUAUCCUCUCUGUUGGGCUCUUCCAGGAUUUUUGUUUAAGUCAUUUAUUAUUUUCUGAUGUCCUAAAAUAUGUAACAUUAAAAAUUGUAUGCAUACAAUGCUUGUGUAUAUGUGCUGUAUACUCACAGCCUGGAACCACUUGUGCAUUUUCUGUUACUGUCGAUCUUAUUUCAGGAAAUGAAUCGCUACCGAUCCUGGUGUGGUCUCCUUUUUGGCUAUGACUGGGUCGGUAUUCCACUGGUAUACACACAGGUAUGUAAAGAUAUAUUAUAUAAAUUGUAUAAUAAGAUAACUUGUAGCAUUUGGUUUUGUCAUUGUCUUCAUAUAACAAUAUGGUUUUUUUUUCAGGUAGUAACACUUGCGGUAUAUACUUUCUUCUUUGCUUGUAUAAUUGGACGCCAGUUCUUAGACCCCAGUCAAUCAUAUGCCGGCCAUGACCUCGACCUAUACAUUCCAGUUUUCACUCUCCUGCAGUUCUUUUUCUAUGCAGGUUGGCUAAAGGUAAAUGUAAUCUGAUUAAUAAAUACGGUGUUCUAUUUUUUUUAUAUUUCUUUAUAAUAUAUUAAAUGCGAACUCUAUAUUUAUUUUUAUCAUGGUCAUAAAAAAAUCUUUAGUGGACAAAACAUGUGUGAUAUUAGAAAGACACUCCACUGCCCAAAUGAAAAAGUAGAUAUGCCCCAAAUGAAAACAUGCAUACAUUUAAUUAUACAUUUUUUUUCAUUGGGGAUAUAUCUAAAAACAGCUUGCAAAAGCUGGAGAUCUAUUGUCUGAAACUUUGUAAGUCCUCCCCUUCUAACCCCGCCCAGACUUUCUGUGGCUGUCCAAUCACAGACUUUCCAAUGCAGUUCAAUGAGAAGUCUUUGCAAGGCAGGUGCUCUGAGCAAUUGCUGCCUCUUGAGAUUAGCUAAACAACCCAGGAAGUAACAGGACUAUUUGUCUACUUGAAAACCAAGGGGUGUAAAAAGGUUAAUUCAAAAAAUGCCAGUUUCUGUUGUUAUGUAAAAUUAAAUAAAAUACCGGUAGGACAUAUUGCCAACACAUUAAAUUUGCAACAAUGUCUCAGAAGCAAUCAUUUCCCUUUGCAGGUUGCUGAGCAACUAAUCAACCCCUUUGGCGAAGAUGAUGAUGAUUUUGAAACUAAUUGGUGUAUAGACAGAAACCUACAGGUCAGUUUUGUUAAAAAUGUUUUAUAAAUAUGACCUAUAGCUGCAUCUUCUUUCUUAAAAUAUAGUGCAAAAAAAUAUUUUUCUUUGUACACUGAUAAACCAUUUUUGUAAAAAAAAAAAAAUUGUGAACUUUUAUAUCAAUGUGAAUUUGCACUGAGCCACAUUCAUUAAAAAAAAUUAGAAUAUUUAACUGUGCAUUUUCUUUUUGUCUUAGAUAUUGUGAAACUGUGCAGCAAGUUCUAUAGUUGGAAUCAUGGGAGUAGAAAGCAGGCUAGAUAUGUUUUGUGGGGAAUGUGAGGUAGAAAAUCAUUACAGUAUAGUGUUUAAAUAUCUCAACACCUUAAUGUUAAAGGACCACCCUGGGCACCACAACAACUCUGUCAGAAUGAAGUUGUUAUCCUGCGAAGAGGUCCCGGGUGCUGGCUUACCUAAAGGGGUUAAACUGCUAACGAAUCGUUUACUCCAAAUUCCAUAAUCUGGCUCCAGAUUAGUCUGUUUGUGAACUCCUUGUCUGUUGUUUCACUCAGGAAACCUCGGACUGAGCACCGCUGAUAGGCUUCAACUAAGCCGGGACGUCCUUGUACCAUUACAACUUCAUUCAAAUUAAGUUGUUGUGGUGCCCAUUAUGUCCUUUUAAAUACAACUACACAAAAAUGUCUAUGCAUAGAGUCAGUAUAGACAACUGUACCAACUGAGUGACAGAGGAGAGCAGGAUAACCCUCCUACAGGGGGUUCUCUUACUAUCUAUCCUGACAUCUAAAUUGCAUGUACUCUAUUGUGUGAAUAUUACUCAAGCAAGUGCCAAUAGAAAGGUGAUAUAGGACAAAACCAGAAACAGAAUACUUUAAUGAUGCAAUAAUAUGCUUAUGUAAUAAUAAGUAAAAUUAAAAUAAAAUUACAGAAAAAUCACAAAAGCAAUAAUUAUUGGAAAAGACUAUCAAAUUGAUCAUUGAUAACUUUUUCCCGAUGUUUCUCUUUUUCCUCCUCUGAUGCAAUGUGUGAAGUGACUGUGAAUAGUCUAAAAUGGUUUGUGAUGCCAAUUGCUAAAUCUUUCUAAUAUACAUUUCAAAGAAAGCAAAUAUUUAGUAGAACUAUUAUGUACAAUGAAGUGUCCAGGAUAUAAAAGUUAUGUUUAUUUUCUCAUUGUCCUAAUAUGCAAUAGGCUGCAACCUCUCCACUUGUAUCAAAUUGUCUUUAUAAUUUAUUGCCUGUACUGUGCGUGGAGGCUGGGUGUCAUGCCGUAUGUGCAGAUUAAAGCUCAGAUAUGUGAUAUUGCAAUCUCAGAGAGGCAUCAUGUGGCCUAGCAGUAGACUAACUGUAUGUCAGAUACGCACUGCGAUAAUAGAAAUGGAAAUGUAUCUUCUCUCAUUAGGCCCAUCAAAUUGUUCAGCUAUAAGCCCAUUAAGCCGUAAAUCCAGCAAAUUGUGUAUACAUGAUAUGUUACUCAUGAUUUGUUGCACUGAAUUGUGUCUAGGUUUCACUCAUGGCUGUAGAUGAAAUGCAUAUGCAUUUACCGAAGAUGAGUAAAGACAUUUACUGGAAUGAUUCAGAUCCACGACCACCCUAUACACUUGCCGCUGCUGAUUACUGUAUUCCUUCAUUUUUGGGAUCAACUGUUCACAUGGGGUAAAUAUCAUGACUGUCUAUAGUUGCAUCAUUUAUACACACACUGAUUUAGUAUUUUUUGAAGUUGCAGUAUUCAUGAGCACGUAUAUCUUUUAUCUGCAUUUAUUACCUGUUCGUACUCGCACCUCUGACUUCUCUAGAGCUGCAACAUUCCUAUGGAACUCCAUUCCCUGCUCUGCCUAGACUUUUACCCAGUCUCAGUUUAUUAAAAUAUGAUUAAACUCACUUCUUUAAGAAAGUAUAUCAAUUAACCGUUAAUAGCUUUCACUCCCCACACCUUGGUUACCCACCCUGCUUCUACUCCUGCAACCGUGUCAUCCAAAAACCAACACUUCACUGUUCUAACAACCUACUUUUUCCAUAUAUGAAAUCCAUCCUACCCUUGCCUCUUGUACCACUUUACGCAACUCCCUCUAGAAUGGAAGCUUGUUUGAGCAGAGAACUCAUCACUGUCUGCUCCUGUGUGUCCGGCUCGUCUUGUCGCAAAUACAUGUCUGUUAGUCCACCUAUUGUACAGCGCUACGGAAUUUUUUGGUAUUUUAUAAAUGAUAAUAAUAAUCAGUGAUUUUAUAUAUCUAUUGCAGGCUUCCAGAUUCUGUAUUUUUGCGUGAGGAUUGGAUGUUGGAGGAGGAGAAACAUCGAAGACAGAAUUCUGUUCUAAGAAGAGUCAAACGAUUCUUGAGUGUUCAUGAGCAUCCUGACUCUCCGAAUAGAGCUGCAUUCAGUCGACAAGGAAGUGAUGCCUCUAAUAUGUUUUUCCCCAGUCCUGAAGCAAAUUAUACUGGUAACUACCACGAGGUGCCAUCUCGGGCAAGAUCCCAUUUUAUGCAUUCUAAAAGACGAGUAUCAUCAGACAAGACCUCAGUGCCCAACACCCCAUUAGGAGAUCUAUCAACAAUUCGCGAGGCCAGCAGAUCUGACACGUCAGACAGACAAACAUCCACAGAGGGUAAUAUUUCACCUAACUCUGUUGUAAGUGUACCUGAAGUCUUAGUAACUGCUGCUGAUGAGACAAGACCAAUCUCACAGUGUUCUAUUCCUGUGCAAUCAAAUUCACUUACCACCACGGAGACAUCAGACAAUACAGAAAACCACCAAACUGUUCAUGAUAUUACGCCUGAGAAAACAGUGGCUGAACAAGAUGUCCAAGAGGUAAGUCAGGUAGAAAAACAGUUGACCACAGAUGAUGAGAAGCGCCACCUUGACAGAAAAGACCAGCCAAGGAGAUUCCAUAGAUGGAGCGACUCAGUAUAUCAUUCACAAAGUUCUGCAACAAGUUCGCAACCAAAAAGGAAGUCAUUACUAAACAUUCCUCUCUUAUUGACUAUGGAGAAUAUAAAGCCUGCUGCUCAGAGAGACUCCAGUCCAGACCCAAGUCAACCUACUUCAGAGGAAAUGAUCAAUUUACUAAAGCAUAUAGAUGCCAAAGAAACUGAUAUUGUAGAGUUUAGUGAUGAAAAGAAAGAAGGCGAUAUGUGA